AUGUUUCGCCGCAAGUGGUCUGGUCUGCCUAGAGACUACCUCUUUCCUUCCAACCUCGAGGACCUUGGAUACUUCAUCAACGAAGAUGAUGAGAUCCGCAGCGUCGCUGACCCCGACCGCUACUUCAAGUACUGGAUCGACAAGAACAUGCGUGUCAACGGUCGUCAACGUUUCCACUUCAACGAUGCCGUUCAAGACAUUGUCCAUGCCCGCCUUGAAGCCGAAGGUCUAGAGAAGCAUAGCCUUCCCUUUGGCUCCAAGUCCGGAGAUGCCCAAGUGACCAUCUUCGCAAGCGCAGAUUUGCACCGGAAGUCACGAGUCACAGUCAUAUUCGGCGAACCCAACCAAAGUCUCGGCAUCCUCGCCUUGCGCGUUGCCAACGGGCCCGGCGGCAUCAACAUGGGCACGAUGGUCUCGGUUGUACAGACCCUCAAGCAGCAAAUCUCGUCGCCCGACGACUCGGAAGCUCCAGGCAUCAUCCUCUGCAAUGUGGGCGCCGUCUUCUGGUGGCCUGAGGAAGAGCGCACCCUGACCCUAAGCCACAUGUCUGAUAUGCCGCUCGCCAGCCUCGCACAUCACGGCCGCCGCAUCACCACAGCAAACCAGGUUCCCGGGCUCGAGACGUCAGAGAAGCACAUUCGCUACAUCUUUGAGGCUGUACUGCCUGCCCUGACGAGCGAAGACGCGCGACUUGACCUCAUCGGCAUCGGCCUUGGUGCAGAUAUGCUGGAGGCAUACCUAGACCAAGAAUGUGUCUGGACCCGGUGGGGAAGUCGCAUAAACACGAUGUCCAUUCUCGGUGGCAUCACUGACAGUGCAAGCCUUAAGCACCAGGCCUUUAAGGAUUUUCUUGCCAAGCACGCCCGGGCAUACAUUACAUCGGAAGAGCCGGCUGGCAUGCCGCUCGCGGGACCUCAUGGCAAUAGCAAGACUUCUACUUUUCUGAACCACGGUACUGCGGCUGUUUAUAGCUCGGGCGAGCCCUACUAUGUCGAGAUGAUACUCGUGCGGGCGCGCGAGUCGAUUCUCGGCUGGCUUGGCGAGGUUGCCGCUACGGGGUUUGACGCAUACCAUCACCCUGAGAUCACGGUUGUCGACGUUGCGCCUCAAAUGGAGGCGAAUGCCGAGUCUGUUUGGGCUAAUGUUGAUACAGAGUGGGGUGACGUCCCCGUUGAGGUGAAGCCGUCUAUCAGCUUCGGAGGCGAUGGAAGUGGUGUGCCAGCCGCAGCUGAGCCAGUGAUCGGCCGUGAGUCUGACUAA